UGUCUCCUCAGCGACUGUGUUACUGCGGGGAACCGGCAACAAACGUCUGCGCUCUGUGUUGGACGGCAACUGUGUAGUUUACAGGCUGGGAUUUUAACGGUUCUACCUUAAAACAAGCGGUUACAAAUAUCGACAAUUUCCUGCAGAGUUUCUGUCCUGAUCGGGCUGUGAUGUCAGGCUGAUGCUUCAGACGUUGUCUCGCCCAAGUUUCUCACCUUGAGCAUCCCGUCUUGAAAACACCACCACUGUGGAUGCCUUAAAUCAUGAGUGUCCUGGGACCUCAGUCGAGGCAAGCCAAUGGAGUGGCCAGAUCGGACAGCAAAAUCAGUGCCAAGGCCCUAUACGAACAGAGGAAAAAAUACUCCAACUCCAAUUAUAUCAUGCAUGAGACGUCACAGUAUCAUGUUGAGCAUCUCUCCACAUUCGUUAUGGACAAGACAGAGUCCAUCACGACAGUGGACGAUGCCAUCCGGAAACUGGCCCUUCUGGAUUCAAAAGACAAAAUCUGGACCCAGGAGAUGCUCCUGCAGGUCACCGACAAGGCGGUCAGGCUGCUGGACUGUGAUACACAGGAAGAGUUGGAGAACUUCCCUCUUCCCACGAUCCACAUGAGUCAGUCGGUCCUGAAUCAGACACGUUAUCCCUCCGUGCUGCUGCUGGUGUGUCAGGACAAGGAGCAACACAAACCCGACAUACACUUCUUCCACUGUGACGAGGUGGAUGCUGGGAUGAUUCAUGCAGAUAUAGACAGUGCCAUUGGAGACAACAAGCAUGGAAAGAAAAUGAGGCUUCAGACUCUGAAGGUGAAUCAGGAGAAAAUGAAGCGUCACAGAGAAACCAUUCUCCCUCCCUCGGCCUCUAAGGGCCCCUCACCUGCUGCAAAGGGACGUGUAGCAGCCACGAACACACAGGAUCCACGAGCCUCCGGACAAAAUGACACUGAGUCACAUGAAAAGCUGGCCCAGCGCAUUGAGAAGGAUGUACAAAUCCUCAAUUGUGCCUUGGAUGACAUAGAGAUCUUUGUGGCGCGGCUGCAAAAGGCAGCAGAGGCAUUUUCUCAGCUCAACCAGCGCAACAAGAGUAAGAAGAAUAAGAAGAAAGGACCAGCAGAGGGCAUGCUGACUCUGCGGGCCAAGCCCCCCUCUGAAGCAGAGUUCAUCGAUAGCCUGCAGAAACUGAAGCUGGCCCUCAACCUCUUGGCCAAACUGAAGAAGCACAUACAGAAUCCAAGUGCGUCUGAGCUGGUUCAUUUCCUCUUCGGCCCUCUGGAGCUGGUGCUGCAGAGCUGUGGGAGUCCUGAACUGGUGCGUUCAGUAAUCUCUCCUCACCUUUCCAAAGACACUGUCGACUUCCUGCGGGGACACCUCAGCCCCAAAGAGAUGACCAUCUUUGAGCUGCUGGGGGAUGGAUGGACCAAACCCAGAGCGGAGUGGCCCAGGGAUCAGUGUGCUCCUCCUUAUCACCCAAAGUUUCGGAACGGCUGGGAGCCGCCGGCGGAGUUCUUCAGGACAGCCCCAUGGGAAACAGAGAGACCCACUGGGCCACCGGGGUCUCCCAUCAGCCCCGAUUACAGAAAACACUCAAUUGAAGACUAUUAUGGAACUCAUUCCUCAAACUCGUCAAAUGGGUCUCACAAUGGGAUGGCCCCCACCCGUAAAUAUGCCAAAAUUCGCUACCACUUUGUAGCACAGAAUGUCAACGAGCUGUCAGUGCUGCAGGACGAAAUCCUCGAGGUGAUAGAGGAUGACAAUCAGUGGUGGAAACUGCGGAAUCGCAGCGGUCAGGCCGGCUACGUCCCGUUUAACAUCCUGGAUGUUGUAAAGAUCGAGGAGCCAGAAGCCGUCUUCAACCAGAAGGGCUACAGGACUUCACCUCCUGGUUCUCUGAGCCAUGGAGAGAGCUUUAACAACGGUAGACCAAAAAAAGAAAAAAUGAUGGAUCAGGUCAACAAUGAGCUAUUAACUAUGAUCACUGCUAACAAAAAGCCACCAAAGUUCCGUGUGGAGCGACCAUCCAGCCAAGUACCACUCAACUUUGACUCAAACCCAGAGCAAGUGACCACAUGGCUCAAAGCAAAAAAAUUCUCCAAAACGACUGUUGAAUGUUUGGGGAUCCUGACUGGAGCCCAACUGUUUUCCCUCAACAAAGAUGAACUGAAGAAGGUGUGCAAAGAAGAAGGCAGUCGUGUCUACUCUCAGAUCACCGUGCAGAAAGAACAGCUGGAGAAGACCGACGGAGACUCAGAACUGCAGGAGAUCAUGAAGCGGCGGCAGGAGAGGAUCGACUCUGGCAGCAAAGACUGAACCUGCCGUCACAACCCACUCAAACGCUUUUGCUAACUCACUGCAGCAGCUUCUUCAAUCAAUCUAUUGUUAAUUAUGACCUGCAGUAGAACAUAAGGAAUGGUUGUAUACAUAUUUAAUUGUAUAUUUAUUUUAUA